CUCUGUUGUUGAAAGAUCAUGUGACUGUGUGUGUGUGUGUGUGUGUGUGUGUCUGAGUGCGUGUGUGCGUUUUCCACCCUUGUCAUGUGAUGCGAGCUCAGGGCAGGGUCUGAGAAGUGCUGAGUCGCUCUGAGAGGUUCCUUCCACCCAGGGAGCAGUCAGACAGCAAGCAUGCAGGCAGGGGCGGUGGAUGGUCGGCCAGACGAACGGACGGACUGUUGGAUGGAUGGAUGUCAGGCAGAAAAGAGGAAUGGGAAAGAUCUGGGAGGGACAGAUGCAGAACAGGUCCUGUUGCUUUCCCUUGCCACAGCAAGAUAAGCAUCACUUUCAUUCUUUAACUCGCCGCACACGGGUGAAGAUGCAUUUUGAAUCGACUUCUCCGCGUCAAGGCGUCUGGCCAGAGAAGCUGUGGCGAGCCACAGACUGUGAAUGCUGAUUCCAGAGGAGCAUGAGUCAUGACCUCGGUGGUUCUGGUCGACACUGGUGGGACAGUGGUGGAGUAUGUAACAGCUGAGGAGGAUCCACAGCAGGACGGAGAGUGCGAGGUGGAUCUGGAGCUGGAAGGAGAGGUGGAGGAUGAGUGUGAAGCUGAGGAGGCCUGUGAAGACACACAGGAAAGGGAGGAGGCUGAUGACUACCCAGCAGUUAUAGUUGAGGAGCUGCCUGGCGCCAGCCUGGCCGAGGAGCAGGGUUACUCAGCCCAGGUGGUGGUGUAUGAAAAUGAGGCCUAUCUCAUGCAGGAAGUGGCCGAUGAGCAGGAGGUGGAGACAGAAGGGGAAGCAGGUGAG